AUCGUUUUAGCGAAUUCUCAAAAAUGUCCCAACCUAACGAUAAUACCAAAACGAUACCCAACCUAUCACAAAAAUAUCAUCCGUGUCCUAUUAAAAUUUUCCGACAAUCGGAAAAUGACGUGGAUAGCCGGAGUUACGACGUGGCAUGCCUAUGUGGACCGAAAAGAAAAAAUGAAAGAACUAAAAUAUACAUAAUUUAAAAUGCCAUCAUUUAAAAUUAGUAAAAGAAAAAAGAAAAAAAAUUAAAACACAAUUUAUGCCUUUCUUCUCAUUAUCUACCCCUCGCUCUCUCUGUGUGUUGUCCGCCGAUCGCCGUCACCACCGCCUCCACCUCCUCCGGUCUCCUGUGGCCACGGCCUCGCCGCCUCGAACCUCUCCGUCCAAGCAGUGCAACCUGCAAGCGGCAAACAGGUAGCACAACAGCAUUGCGUAGGCUCGCACACCCCGUCUCCUCCGCCCUCAACGGGUAAUUGAAACGAGACCUAUCAAAAAUCGGGAGAGAUUCAACUUCAAAAAUCGGGAUCUCGUCGUCUAAUACUCAAAUUUUACUGAUUGAAGGCCAGCACCGUAGGAAGGCGGCGAUGAGGUGGGGUCGUCGACACUGUAAAAUUGAGAAUCGAGAUCUCCCUUCCCAGUUGCCUCAACGGCGGAGCCUACAUCCGCGACAACCCAAACCUUCAAUUCAUCACAAAGGGCCCCAACCAUUUCUUCGAGGUAAUAUAAUAACCCUCGGCCGCCCUGAUUUCGGAGCUUCCAUGCCAUUCUCGAGGAUGACAGUGCACCCAAAAGUCGAUGGAGUCACUGGAGAAGCCUUCGCCUAUGAAUACGACGAUUGUGGUGAACUCGUGGUCAAUUUUGAGUGGGAAAUCGCCGGUGGGGGUUGAUUGGGAGAAGGUGGCACAGGUAGGAUGAAGACAGUUGGCGACGAAUGCGGUGGAUAUGCCAUGUUGAGCAGAGAUGACACAGAAAUAUAAAAUGGUUUUUUAAGCUAGAAAUAUAAUUCCACAUAGGCAUGCCACGUCGUAACUCCGGCUAUCCACGUCAUUUUUCGAUUGUCGGAAAAUUUUAAUAGGACACGGAUGAUAUUUUUGUGAUAGGUUGGGUAUCGUUUUGGUAUUAUCGUUAGGUUGGGACAUUUUUGAGAAUUCACUAAAAUGAUGGGACAGAAAGUGACCUUUACCCUAAAUUUUAACAGCAUUGACUACUAUAUGAUAUGUGUUAACUGAUAAAAUAUCAGAUUAAAACUAAAUGGUUUGGUGGGAAAAUUAUAUUUUUCUUUCCCAUCGCCUGAAACUGCACAGAUUAUGCGCAACACUUUUUAAACUAGAAUAUCUCACUAUUGAUAAAAGACUAAAAGGUGAAUCUAGUUGGGGAGUAUUUAUAACUCCUUGAGGUAUCUUAAAAGAUUAGUUAUGCAUCCAUAUGUACUUGUUGUGAGCCUGAAUGAUUUUUCAAAGAUGCACCCUGUGCAGUAGCUUUAAGUCAAAGUUUUAACUAGGUUUCUCAACUUGUACAUGAAUCGCUUACAUGUUCAUAUGCGUAAUUGUUAAAGUGUUAUUUGCUAUCGACUAGGACAAUAAGCAUGCUAUGUUUAACGUAUUAGUCGGCGAAAGCAUGCUAUGUUUAACGUACCAUAAGUGGUUAUGUGAUAGUAUGUGUUUAUGUUUAUAAAUUCUAAAUGUGGAUUUCAUGUUACACCUUUAAACUAGUUGUGUUCGUUUGGGUUGAGAGUUGGUGUGAUGAUGAGUUGAUCAACAAGGCUAGUAUUUCCUCAACCCGUUGUGUGCAAAUGCUUUAGGUAGGUUUAGGGUUGUUUUAGAUCUUUGUUUUAGGUUUUAGGACUACCGAGGAUAUUCCUUUUUCGUGACUGCACCUGCCACUAGUUAGUAAAUUCGUAAUAACUUCUUCUUCAUUCAUCGGAAUCGAGCACCGCUUUUUCUGGAUGAAACUAGACUCGAUUGUCUUUCUAAUAGUACCAAUUACAUUCUUUAGUUCAAACUAGAGAAGAACAGACCCUCGUAUAGGGUUUGAUUCAACUAGAAAACACUCUUAGUCUAAAAAAAAAGAAACAAUCCUGAGCAUUGAUUUCGUAUAAUCCGAUGGUUCUGAAAUUUUCGGAGCUAUAAUUUUUUUAAAUAGAGAAAACCCAGAAAAUUAUAAUUACUCGAUGUAGGUAUAAAUUAGUCAAAUUCAUCAAAUUCUGAAUUCAGAAUCCUAAUCAAAUCCCGAAUUUCGCUCUCUUACCUUGUAGAUGUUGAUCCUCGGAUAUUUCAACGAAUUUGUUCGUCCAGUUUGUUCAGAGGAUAUUGAUUGAAGAAAUACACGAUGGAUCGGCAAAAAGAUAAAGAUGCUGUUACAAACAAUUUCCUUUUGCCGGACAGGAAGCGGACAAAGAUUACAUGUCCGGACAUUUCUUUCAGCGAUAAAGGAAAGUCGAAAGUUCCUAUGUUUUCUGUUGUGCAUGGUUCAUCAUCUGCAGGUGUGAUGAGGAGCACUAAAAAUGACAACUUCGAUGCAGUUCCAAGGAAAUAUUCAAAUAAUGUUGUGGACUUAACAACUCCACAUGUCAUUCAAAUAUCUGGAGAUCGAUUUACACAAGAGGUGACGAAGGUUUAUUCCCGCAGACGACAAAAGGGUCCAACUUUAAAUACGAGGACAACUCCAGCAUCAUUCCACGAUGCAUUACUAAAGUUGAACAAUGCACAAAUAUCUGCUGGUAGAGAAAUUGGUUUUGGUAGAAUUCUAGAAUUGAAAGUAAAAGAUUUACCAUUGAGGCUGGCAUAUUGGGUGCAUAACAAGUUCAAUGCUGAUACCUGUGAGCUCGAAGUUGAUGCAAGAAGACGUUUUGCAGUCACACCUGUUGAUGUGUACAGGGUUUUUGGAUUCCCAAGUGGUGAUAAGUCUAUCGAGAUAUUUGAGAGACAGUCAAAUAGUGAUCUAUUCGAGCAGUGGGUUUCAAUUUUUGGAGUGGAUAGCAGAGACAAGAUUAAGAUAGGAGUGGUGAUAAAAGAAAUGCUUGAUUGUAAGUGUGGUGGAUCUUGGUUUAAACGCCAUUUUAUGAUUGCUAUGAGUUUUUCACUGUUCGAGAGUUACGCCAAUGGUACAGUACAUCCUUUCAUUUUAGGAUGUCUUGCAGACUUACGUGACUUGACUAGAUGGAAUUGGGCAUAGUACAUAAUAAGAAGCCUGAAACAUCAUUCAGAAUAAAGUAUAUGCCGGUCCUGCUCUGUUUCUAAUUUUAUUAUAUGUCGAUCGGUUCCGUAUUCCUGGGCCAACGGCGAAGAGAGAUUUCCCUAUCUUUAUUAAUUGGUCAAGCGAUGAUCUAAGGAAGAGGCAACACAUGGAAUUGGACGAACCAUACAUUGGAGCAGGCACCGUUCUUGGUCCAAUACAGCUGCCUAGUCUACGGGCAGAAGAAUUAGUUGAAUAUGAUAUGUCGGAUGAGGAGAUAAAUUUCACAGCCAAGGUGAUUACAGAAGCUAAUGAGAUUGCUGAGCGAAUGCAGAAUCUGAUUUUUAUUGUUGAUUCUGCACCGAUUUCUACAAAGAGAUCACCGUUUUUUCGGAAUGUCGUCAAUGACGCUUGCAAAAUAACAGGGAUGACUAUUGACAUUCCAAAGAGCAAUCUUCCAUCUGACAUAAUAGAGAUUGAAGAUGAUCUUGUUGAGUAUCCGGAGAAUUUCCUAAAUUGGGUUGACGCAACAUCUGCUGAACUGUGCUCCGAAAAUAGGAGAGACAUAUCUCGAGAUCUUGAUAUUCCAAGAUUUGACAUAACGUUGGCGGAUGAUGAUCCUGUUAAUAUUAAUGAGACGGAUCGAGGGAAAAAGCAGGCGGUAACUCUCAAUUAUUAAUAUGUAUAUUUAUCUACAGAAUGCUUUCCUUACAGAUCGUUAUUUUAACAAGAUUUAUUGUACAACAAAUCAUACAGGGGAUUGAGUCUCCUAUCAUGGGUCUAGUUAGUCUGCAAAAAAAUCCAACCAACCCUAGGAAGGAUAUCUGUCAGGCUGGUGAACGUGUUCCACUGAUGAGGUGUCUCUUUAAAUAGUUUUAAUGCAGAACGAAAUAGACGUGGUGCACGUCCCAUCAUUUCCGCAAAUUUGUCAAGAACCCAAGCAUAUGAAUCCAUGUCCUCACGGAAUAUUAACGCGGCACCAAAUGAAAUACACUUUCCAUGGUUAUCUCUUCCCGUGAAUGGAGUGAAAAUCUGUUUGUACCUGUUGGGGGCAUAUUAUGACAGAUAUAACUAAGAAUUAUAAUGAACGAAAAACAAGCAGUACGUAAUAAUCAAGUCACGCAUGUGUUAAUCUGCUGAACAACUAGUAUACAUGUUAUGAACUUUGGGUUGAUAUAG